UAUUACCAGCAGGAAUUCAGAGUUCAUCUUAAGCUGUGGAGUUUGAGUUCUGCUGAAGCAUGGGAAUUCCCUCAAGUAGUGGGAGGAGUCCAAUCCAAAAGCUCUUGCCAAUUUUUUUUUUUCUAAAAUCGUUGAUUAGUUAUCCGAAAGAGACGGGAGUGUCAACUCACACUACACAAAGAGAUGCUUAACAUCAUUUAGUGGGUCAUGUCAAUGCCAAGUUUUGAUUUCCAAAACAUCUCUUUAGUGGAAUUCCCGGUUCUAGCAAUUUUUUAACCGGAUAAAUUCUAGCUGAAAAUCAUUGUUGCGCCUUUCUACACAAAUGAUUAAGAUGUUAUACAUUCCCAGACCCAGUAAAAUAUGUGCUGUCUUAAAACUAUAUUGUUUGAAAGACAUGUAUUUUGGUUGAAGAACUUCAAAAAGAUUGUUUCUCUAUCAAGCUGAAACAAGGUGGUAAUGGCAGUGUUUGGAUGUUGUGCUCGAGUUUUUCUAUCAGCAUGCAUUAACAAGCCUCUGGAGAAGCAAAUUGAAAUCCAAAAGUGCUUUCCCACUGUGCCUUGUACUCAGAUAAAGAAAAAGAGCUUCAAAGCUUUGGUGACUGGUUUAGAUGGUGGCCCUGGACAUUCUACCUCCUCAACAGCAUCAAUUACCGAGUCGAUUGAUUCUCUGAUAAAUGGAGUGGACUUAUCUGAAGAGGAAGCUGAAGAUUUUCUAAAUUAUGUGUUGAAUGAAGCAAAUGACACAUUGAUCAGCGCUUUUCUUGUUCUCUUGAGGGCCAAAGGAGAGACGUUUCAAGAAAUUGUAGGAUUAGCAAGGGCCAUGAUCAACUGCUGUAGGAGGGUUGAAGGGAUAGGUGAUGUAGUUGACAUUGUUGGAACAGGUGGUGAUGGGGCAAACACAAUUAACAUCUCAACGGGGGCAUCUAUUCUAGCUGCAGCUUCUGGUGCAAGAGUUGCAAAGCAAGGAAACAGAUCCAGUUCUUCUUCUUGUGGAAGUGCUGACGUACUGGAAGCACUGGGAGUGGCCAUUGACUUGAACCCUGAGGGGGUGAAGAGGUGCAUACAAGAAGUAGGGAUUGGUUUUAUGUUGUCCCCAAAAUACCACCCAGCAAUGAAAGUCGUUGCUCCUGUAAGGAAAAAACUUGAAGUGAAGACUGUGUUCAAUAUCUUGGGUCCUUUGUUGAAUCCAGCACGGGUUCCUUUCACAGUUGUUGGUGUGUAUGAUGACCAUAUGGUAAUGCAAAUGGCUAAAGCACUACAAAGGUUUGGAAUAAAAAGAGCAUUAGUUGUUCAUUCAGAGGGUUUAGAUGAAAUUAGUCCUCUUGGACCUGGACUAGCGGUGGAUGUUACUCCUGAAAAGAUUGAAAAGUUUCCAUUUGAUCCAUGUAUCCAUCUUGUCACCUCUUCGUCUCCAUUUGUGUGCGUCUCUUUGCAGGCUUGUGCACACAUGUGCCUGUGCGUGGAGUUUGGAAUUCCUCGCUGCAGCCUAGAAAGUUUGCGUGGGGGUGGCCCGGAGUAUAAUGCAAAGGUACUAAGGUGUGCACUAUCUGGUCAGAGAGGCCCUAUUGCAGAUGCAUUUGUUCUAAAUGCAGCAGCAGCCCUCCUGGUCAGUGGAUGUGUGAGCAGUUUAGCUGAAGGUGUUGUCCUGGCUCGUGAAACACAUCUCUCAGGGAAUGCUCUCAAGAUACUCAAGUCGUGGAUAGAUAUCUCUAACAAAGUGAAAGAAGGUUCAAUCACAGUUUCUUGACUUUUGGCCAAAUGAGUUUGUUACCGUAUCCCAUUGUUCAGCAUUGCCUUCUCAUGCAACAUCUUUCACUAAGAGAAUAUGCAUCUAAGAUACAUGAUGAAUGCAUCCGUUUUCAUUUCAUAUUAAUCAUUUGCAUAUUGUAAGCUGCGAAUGAUUUGGAGGUAAACAUUUUGUGAAGGAUGUCGAUGUGGAUAAUGUCAUCAUAUUAGUGGUUACAACUUAUAAACUAUGUACUUUUUUGUCAUAUUAAAUAGAUUUGUUCAGUAA